AUGGCGAAGGCGACGUCCGGAGCCGCGGGGCUGCGGCUGCUGCUGCUGCUGCCGCUGCUCGGCGAAGGUGAGUCCCGGCGUCUGGCGCUUCCCGCAGCGGCCGGGGCGAAGUUGGCGCCGCGCGCGGAGCGGCGAAGCGGACGCGUUCGGAAACGCCUUUCCGCUCGUGGUGGGCAGCGGGCUGCGCCCUCGCCGGCCGCUCUGCUCCGGCUGCGAGCGAAGCGGGCGCCCGGCCUCGGGCUGCGCGGGUCUCCGGCGGGAGCGGGACGCGAGCCGGGGCGGCGGUCGGUGCCCGGUGCCCGCGCCGCAGCCGCGCGUCCCGACCUGGCUGCGCCCGCGCGAAAGCCGCGUCCUGGCGCGAACGGGACGGCGUUUCGGUUUCCCAAGUCCAUGACCUCGUCGCCUGUGGAGCUGGAUUUCCUGUCUCCAGCCAGCAUCCGCACUUCCAGCUCUGUGCUGACACUGCUCCUCUGCCUGCACGCCCCGCCCCUGCUGCCCUCCCUGCCCUCCGCCUCCAGGCCACCUCACCCCUGGCCACCGCCUCCCGGCAUCCUGGCUGGGCACUGUCUCCUGCUCGUGGCUGCCACCCCCGACAGCCCCUUGCCUCCAGCCUCUGCCCGUCCGCAGCACCUGGCCCUCCUCCCUGUCUCCCGGCAGGUGUGUCCUGAGGGUACUCAGGGGCAGGGUGGAGCAAGCUGUGGAGACGAGGAGCUGGCCCCAGACGGGAUCGGGGCUGGCGGUCAGCGCGUCUCAGCCACCAGCACCGUGAAGGGCUCUAAAGCCGCGGGGAGGAUACCCAUAGCGGCCCCGCUGGGCCUCUACUUCUCGAGGGAUGCUUACUGGGAGAAGCUGUACGUGGACCAGCCGGCCGGCACACCCCUGCUCUAUGUCCAUGCCCUGCGGGACGCCCCCGAGGAGGUGCCCAGCUUCCGCCUAGGCCCACACCUCUACGGCGCCUACCGCACGCGGCUGCACGAGAACAACUGGAUCCGCAUCCAGGAGGACACUGGCCUCCUCUACCUUAACCAGAGCCUGGACCGCGGCUCCUGGGAGAAGCUCAGCAUCCACAACGGCGGCUUCCCCCUGCUCACGGUCUACCUCCAGGUCUUCCUGUUGCCCAUGUCCCUGCGUGAGGGCGAGUGCCAGUGGCCAGGCUGUGCCCGCGUGUACUUCUCCUUCAUCAAUGCCUCCUUCCCGGCUUGCAGCUCCCUGAAAGCCCGGGAGCUCUGCUUCCCAGAGACAGGCCUCUCCUUUCGCAUUCGGGAGAACCGGCCUCCGGGCACCUUCCACCAGUUCCGCCUGCUGCCCGUGCAGUUCCUCUGCCCCAACAUCAGCGUGACCUACAGGCUCCUGGAAGGUGAGGCGCUGCCCUUCCGCUGCGCGCCCGACAGCCUGGAGGUGAGCACGCGCCGGGCGCUGGACCGCGAGCAGCGGGAGAAGUACGAGCUGGUGGCGCGGUGCACGGUGCGCGCCGGCGCGCGCGAGGAGGCCGUGAUGGUGCCCUUCCCGGUGACCGUGUACGACGAGGACGACUCGCCGCCCACCUGCCCCGGGGGCGUGGACACCGCCAGCGCCGAGGUGGAGUUCAAGCGGAAGGAGGGCACUGUGGUGGCCACACUGCGUGUCUUUGACGCAGAUGUAGUGCCGGCAUCUGGGGAGCUGGUGAGGCGGUACACAAGCACGCUGCUCCCCGGGGACGCCUGGGCCCAGCAGACCUUCCGCGUGGAGCACUGGCCCAACGAGACCCUGGCCCAGGCCAAUGGCAGCUUUGUGCGGGCGACCGUGCACGACUACAGGCUAGUUCUCAACCGAAGCCUCCCCAUCUCGGAGAGCCGGGCCCUGCAGCUGGCGGUGCUGGUCAACGACUCCGACUUUCAGGGCCCUGGGCCGGGCGUCCUCCUCCUCCACUUCAACGUGUCCGUGCUGCCCGUCAGCCUGCGCCUGCCCGGUGCCUACGCCUUCUCCGUGAGCAGGAGGGCCCGCCGUUUCGCUCAGAUCGGGAGAGUCUGUGUAGAAAACUGCCAGGAGCUCAGCGGUGUUCACAUCCAGUACAGGCUGCAGCCCUCCAGCGCCAACUGCAGCGCCCUGGGGGUGGUCACCUCAGCCGAGGACACCUCGGGGACCCUGUUCGUGAACGACACGGAGACCCUGCGGCGGCCGGCAUGUGCCGAGCUCCAGUACACGGUGGUGGCCGCCGACCGGCAGACCCGCAGGCAGGCCCAGGCCCCGCUGCUCGUCACGAUGGAGGGGUCGUACGUGGCCGAGGAGGUGGGCUGCCCCCUGUCCUGUGCGGUCAACAAGAGGCGACCCGAGUGCGAGGAGUGUGGUGGCCUGGGCUCCCCGACAGGCAGGUGUGAGUGGAGGCAGGGAGACGGCAAAGGGAUCACCAGGAACUUCUCCACCUGCUCCCCCAGCACCAAGACCUGCCCCGAUGGCCACUGCGACGCCGUGGAGAGCCGUGACGCCCACAUCUGCCCCCAGGAUUGCCUCCGGGGCAGCAUUGUUGGGGGGCAUGAGCCGGGGGAGCGCCGGGGGAUUAAAGCUGGCUAUGGCAUCUGCACCUGCUUCCCCGAGGAGAAGAAGUGCUUCUGCGAGCCCGAGGACAGCCAGGACCCCCUGUGCGACGAGCUGUGCCGCACGGUGAUCGCAGCGGCUGUCCUCUUCUCCUUCAUCGUCUCGGUGCUGCUGUCCACCUUCUGCAUCCACCGCUACCACAAGAACGCACACAAGCCGCCCAUCCCCUCGGCAGAGAUGACCUUCCGCCGGCCUGCCCAGGCCUUCCCUGUCAGCUACUCCUCAUCCGGCGCCCGCCGGCCCUCACUUGACUCCAUGGAGAACCAAGUCUCCGUGGACGCCUUCAAGAUCCCGGAGGAUCCAAAGUGGGAAUUCCCUCGGAAGAACCUGGUUCUUGGAAAAACCAUCUGUGAGGGAGAUGAUGGGUCCAUUCUCCACGCAGCGUGGCCACAGAAGGGCUUCCAGGAGGGACCGCUUGCAACCUACCGUUUGUGCUUCAUUUCAGAGAAUGCCUCCCCGAGUGAGCUACGGGACCUGCUGUCAGAGUUCAACCUUCUGAAGCAGGUCAACCACCCUCACGUCAUCAAGCUGUAUGGGGCCUGCAGCCAGGACGGGCCGCUGCUCCUCAUCGUGGAGUACGCCAAGUACGGCUCCCUGCGGGGCUUCCUGCGCGAGAGCCGCAAGGUGGGGCCCGGCUACGUGGGCAGCGGAGGCAGCCGCAACUCCAGCUCCCUGGACCACCCGGACGAGCGCGCUCUGACCAUGGGCGACCUCAUCUCGUUCGCCUGGCAGAUCUCGCGGGGGAUGCAGUACCUGGCCGAGAUGAAGCUCGUCCACCGGGACUUGGCUGCCAGAAACAUCCUGGUUGCCGAGGGAAGGAAGAUGAAGAUCUCGGACUUUGGGCUGUCGCGAGAUGUGUACGAAGAGGACUCCUACGUGAAGAGGAGCAAGGGUCGGAUUCCAGUCAAAUGGAUGGCAAUCGAGUCCCUGUUUGAUCAUAUCUACACCACCCAAAGUGAUGUGUGGUCCUUUGGAGUCCUGCUGUGGGAGAUCGUGACCCUGGGGGGCAACCCCUACCCUGGGAUUCCUCCUGAGCGGCUCUUCAACCUUCUGAAGACUGGCCACCGGAUGGAGAGGCCGGACAACUGCAGCGAGGAGAUGUACCGCCUGAUGCUGCAAUGCUGGAAGCAGGAAGCAGACAAGAGACCGGUAUUUGCCGACAUCAGCAAAGAGCUGGAGAAGAUGAUGGUUAAGAGCAGAGACUACUUGGACCUUGCUGCGUCCACCCCAUCCGACUCCCUGCUUUAUGAGGACGGCCUGUCGGAAGAGGAGACGCCCCUGGUGGACUGUAAUAGCGCUCCCCUCCCUCGAGCCCUCCCUUCCACAUGGAUUGAAAACAAACUCUAUGGCAUGUCAGACCCGAACUGGCCUGGAGAGAGUCCUGUACCACUCACGAGAGCCGAUGGCACUAACACUGGGUUUCCAAGAUAUGCAAAUGAUAGUGUAUAUGCUAACUGGAUGGUUUCACCCUCAGCGGCAAAAUUAAUGGACACGUUUGAUAGUUAA